AUGGAUCUGGGCCGCGUCAACUUCAUCUUGCCGAAGACGAAAGCGAAGCUCCCUGCUCGGUACCGCACGGUUGACCUGCGGCCCCCGGUUUGGCCUCCUCCAUCAUUGCGUAAGAUUGCGGGGAAAGUGGUCGGCUGCUGGAAAGCCCGUGAUGGCCCCGACCGGAUGGGCCAUAGAUAUGGGUCGCUUCAUGUUGCAUUUGUAUUUUGGCAGGUCGUGGCGCCGGGCUUCGCCGGCAUUGCCCGCACAGUACUCAACCCCUGGGACGCAUGCAAGCGCCGAGCCCCCAAAUGCCUGUUUGCUCGACUGCUUGUUGCCUUGUUUGCUUGUAUGCUGGGUGGCUGGUUGGGCGGCACAGCGGGCAUCCCACCGGCCUCAAACACCACUAGCCCGACGUAUCGACCAACUAUGGCUGCCCCAAUCUCUGUCGAGGCUGGAUCAAUGAGCCUCCCGAUCAAAGAUGGGCCAAUUCAUAUCCACGCUUCAAUUCCAUUUUCUCUAUUGGUAAAGGACUUCGACCCAAACACCGCCCAAGUCCCCCAAACGGAGCGGCCCCGACCGUGGUGGUCGCCUGCCCGCCUGUUCAAAGGUCAGCACGAAAUCCCGACCGACGCCGCGGCAGACGCCGCAACCAAGACCUUCGCUCUUGCACGGCCCGCCUUUUCCGAUCAAGUUUGGCCACGAUUGAGUACAUUGCUCUUCGGAAAAGAGGAGCCCACCUUGUACUGCAGUGUAGGGUCUGACGCAGAAGACUGGGAAGGCGCUGAUACAUCGAACUCCAUUUGGGUCUUCUCGACAGGGGUUACGGAGGACGAUAUUGACCGUACAAGAGCCCUUCUUCUGAAGGCUAAUCCGGACGGCACGGGCGGCAUUCUCUUCACUGCUGAAGAGCUAGGCGAGGAGCAAAAGGCGGCCUGGAAGACCGCCUGGGUGGACGUGGCGCCGUACAAAUCUCCAGGCGAGUCUGAUAUUGACUGCGCGAUGACGAGGAAGAAUCAGGCGCUCUAUCGGUAUAUGUCUGGCUGUGCUUCCCGACACUCCAACGAGAAGGGGUCAUUUGACAGUCACCGAGACUAG